AUGUUCUCCCGCCUCUCCCAGCUAUCUCGGCAUCUCCCCUCGGCCCAAACAAUUUCCAAAACGUUCAAGCCCGUCGUCCCGGCCUCCAGUCUCGCCCGCGGCAUCAUGGUUUCGGCCGACGAGCGCAACACCCGCACCAUCCACACCGCGGCGUGUCUGAUCAUCGGAGACGAGGUCCUCGGAGGCAAGACCGUUGAUACCAACUCGGCCUUCAUGGCCAAGUGGUGUUUCAACCUCGGCAUUAAUUUGAAGAGGGUUGAAGUCAUCGAGGACGAUGAGAGCGAAAUCGUCGAGGCUGUGAGGCGGAUGAGUGACCGCUACGACUUCGUAGUCACUAGUGGUGGCAUCGGGCCGACGCACGACGACAUCACCUACCAGUCAAUAGCCAAGGCCUUUGACCUCCCGCUGGUUCUCAACCAGGACGCCUUUGAGCGCAUGAAGAGGCUUUCCAAGCCGCACCCGGGCCAGCCAGACUUUGACUGGAACGUCGACUCUCCCGCCUUGCAAGCAAAGCUGCGAAUGGUCAUCCUCCCCACCGACGAGAAGCGCGACCCCAGCAAGCAGUUCCUGUUCCCCCACGAGGACCUCUGGGUGCCCGUUAAUGUCGUCAACGGAAACAUCCAUAUCCUGCCAGGUGUCCCGCGUCUCUUUGAAAAGCUCCUCGACGGACUGAAGCCGGUCGUUGUGCCCCGGCUCACCGACCCGGACGGAAAGGGUCUCUGCCGCGUGCUCAUCUCCACCCCGCUUCCGGAGAGCGCCGUGGCCGGUUAUCUGACUACGCUCGCCGCCAAGGUGGAACCCAAGGGCGUCAAGGUCGGCAGUUAUCCCCGUUGGGAGCAGAACGGAACCGUGACCUUGGUCGGAAGGGAUCAGGCUUACAUCGAGAGCAUCGUAGAUGAGGUUGUAAAGGGCGUCAACGGCAAACGCGUGUUCGUAGAGGGAGAGGACGAUUCCAACGCCAAAGCAGGCAAGGGCCUGGAAUGA